UCAGUGGCUCCAUCUAUACAGCAAUUUGACUAUUUUGAAAUGUGAAUUACAAUGGAUAUUUAAAUUGAGAAGUCUGUGGCCAAUAGAAGCUCAAAUGCUUAUGCAAUUUACCAAGAAUCGAAAUACGAAGCGAAGUGCGUAAUAUAACUUGACUUCGUACAAUAUCAUGGCAGCUGGUUACACGGAUCUGAGGCAGAAGUUGCAGUUUAAGCAAAAAAGUUUCAGAACCCACCAAAAGGAAAAGAAGUAUUCAAACUCGCCCCAUCAGUACUCGCCGUAUCAAAGUGUAGAAGACAACUUGGUUAUUUUAAAACAAAUCCACACGGGAAUCCAACAGCGGCGGUUGUUUGAUAAUGAGCAGUGUGCUGCUAUUGAAGAAAAAAUAGAUGAAGUGGUGGAGUUGGCGGAUAAGGGAAAAUACAAGCCCUGCACAGUAGACAGAGCCCCACUGAGAAACAAAUACUUCUUUGGUGAGGGUUACACAUACGGAUCACAGCUGUCAAAACGAGGUCCUGGUAUGGAGCGGCUGUAUCCUCCAGGUGAAGUGGAUCCUAUACCAGAUUGGGUCCACAAAUUAGUCAUCAAACCACUUGUGAAAGCAAAUGUAGUGCCCGAAGGUUUUAUAAAUUCAGCUGUCAUAAAUGACUAUCAGCCUGGAGGGUGUAUUGUUUCCCACAUAGAUCCUAUACACAUAUUUGACAGGCCAAUUGUCUCGGUCUCAUUCAUGAGUGACAGCGCGUUGAGUUUUGGUUGUAAGUUCAGCUUCAAACCCAUCCGAGUAUCCAAGCCCAUUUUGUGCCUGCCGCUGUCCAGAGGUUGUGUCACAAUCCUCAGUGGGUUUGCAGCAGAUGAGAUAACACAUUGCGUUCGUCCCGAGGAUACUGUUGCUCGUCGGGCUGUUAUUCUGUUGCGCAGGGUGUUCCCUGAUGCCCCACGCUUGACUCCAGAUGAAGUGCUGCCACCUCUCACCACGAGUCCCACGCCACGUUACCAGGACAUCAAUGGCCUGUCAAGGCCCAGUGAAGGGGGAAAUAACCCUCGGAAGAGGGUGGUGGUGGUGAGCAGUUCCCUGCACCCAAGGCACCACUCAGAGGAGAGUGAUGCAGGAGAGGAUGACCCAGAAGAUGUAAACCAUCAGCAUAACAGCAGUAAGAAGCGUCGCAGGGUCCAUAAGGAGAGUAGCCCUACCAGUUCCACUAGCUCCACCAGCAGCAAGCCCAGUGAACAUUAGCGUAUAGCUUCCAGGUUCUGGGAAAACUUUGUCAGUCAGCCAUGCUGCAGUUAUUUUCACAUGGCCUACUGUAUUGUGAAAGAAGGGGAAGCUGUGGAGCAUGGAGUGGCAGUUGCAUUGUGUACAGCCACGAAACAGAGAAUUAGUGUACACUGUAACAAAUUAUUGUCAAUUGUUUGUAAGUAUUAUGCAAUAUUUUCUUAAUGCUUCUACUGUUAAUUCAUUUCUCCUCUUAGGCUUAAUGUUAAUGAACAGAUUUCUGAAUUUAAAUUUAUGCCAAUUAUGUAAUGACUUUUUUUAAUUUGUAAUUUUUAAAUUGUUUUUUGGAAGCACGUUAAACAUUUAUAUUAUGUGUCUUAUUAUGACACAGUUGUAUAUUUUCAUUGUUUGUGAUGUACAGAAAUAUUGUUUUCAGCUGAGAUGUCAGUUUUAAUGUUUACACCAAUUAUUUAUCUUUGCAGUAUGAUACUAAUCGUAUGGAUCAAUAAGACAUUGCUUUCCAAUAUGUAGACUUUGUUUUUGUGGCACUGUUUCCAAA